UGGCGUCAUUACAAGCCUUUCCCCCAAGAAGUAGACGUGUCCCACGUUGCACAUUUAACUAGCAUAUUGAUCGAUGGAGGCGGACAUUACCGACAACAUGGACGAAAACACGGACUUGGGGAUCUCGCUGGAGCCUUACAUCGAGUCCGUGCGUCAGCAACUGGAAGACGUGGAGCCACUUUUCCUCAUCGGGGUUCUCGUCGCUUUGGCGGUUGUGAUCAUCACUUAUGUUUUCUUGAAAUACUUUUGGACCAGUAAAACCGUCCAGAGUGCGGUGCUGCUCGUCGGGCUGUGCGACGCGGGCAAGACGCUUCUCUUCAGUCGGCUGCUGUCCGGGAAGUUCAAACGGACUCAGACUUCCAUAACAGACAACAGUGCUCCUUAUAAAGUGAAAAACGACAGGAAGACCAUCUGGACUCUGAUAGACCUGCCAGGUCAUGAAAGUCUGCGUCCACAAUACUUGGAGAAGUUCAAGUCGGCGGCCAGAGCUAUUGUGUUCGUGGUGGACAGCGCCAUCUUCCAGAAGGAAGUGAGAGAUGUAGCAGAGUUCCUCUACGUGCUUUUGACGGACCCCGUGCUCUGCAGCAACGCCCCCGCACUCCUGGUGGUGUGCAACAAGCAAGAUGUCACCAUGGCAAAAUCAGCUAAACUAAUCCAGCAGCAACUGGAAAAGGAAUUGACCACACUGCGGGUGACUCGCUCGGCGGCCCUCAGCGCCCAGGACGGCUCGGCGGGCGGAAGCGUGUACCUGGGAAAGAAAGGCAAGGACUUUGACUUUAACCAGGUAGCCAUGAAGGUGGAAUUCCUGGAGUGCAGCGCUCGUGGUGCCAAAGGAGAAGACGGUGAUGCUGACAUCCAGGCCUUGGAGAGCAGCCUCGCUAAGCUGUAACAAAAGAAAAAGACCGACCUGGCUGGCAGCCACACGAAAGGCGGCCAUUUCACAAUACUUGAAUUAGCAAGAAUUAUCGAAUGACAGUUGUUUUAAAGUCCAAAUGUACCGUAUUUUCCGCCCUAUAAGGCGCACCUAAAAACCUAAAAUUUUCUCAAAAACCAACAGUGCGCCUUAUAGUCCGGUGCGCCUUAUAGGCCGGAAAAUACGGUAAUAGGGAACAUCUUGGUUGAACACAAACUCCAAAUAUUGGCUCGUUUAUUUCAAACCGUUUUUGGACAGUGUCAAGAAAUUUUGGUUGAAUGUGCUGUCAUUUAUUUCGUCAUGGACGGGAAGCUUUGUGCCUUUUUUUUUUUUUUUUUAAAUUCUGAUACUCUGUCAAAUGUUUCUGCUUUCCAGCCUUUUGAUUGAGUGCGUGGUGUUGUUGUGAAGAUUGCAUUUGUAAUGACGGGUCAUAAUUUAUUCCUGCAAAAACAAAAAUACAAUUUGCUUGUUCUACAAAA